GCCGAAAAAGGCAAGGAGCUUAAUAAUUUGCACAGUCUAGACCACAAAUACCUUUAGAUCGGACUUGUUGUGAUCGGCUCUGACGUUCGUGUGUUAUCAGCUUGUCGAAACAGAUAAAAUAUGGGCGAGUAACUUCAUCAGUUCAAUGCACAUCAAUAUGAAAAGAUUACAAAUACAUGGUAAGGUUUAUUUAGUCUAGAUUUGGUCGUGACAAAGUCAUGGUGACCAGUACAAAUUAUAGUCUGGAUCACAUCUAUCUUGUCUUUUGUGUGUAGUAUGUAAAUCAGUCUUGACUGAUCGCAGAGAUAUAUCGACACCCUGUUACACUGCUUGUAACAAAAUGAAAGUCUAUAUUUUUGUCUGGUUUUAUUCAUUGUUUCUAGGUCUUGUGUUGUGUAAUAAUAUUAUAAUCUGUUUAAAAUAAAUCCGCAUUGCAGCACAUUAAAAAACACGGUAUUUCGACAAUAACAUUUGUAAUUCUUAUUGCGAAUUCAUAAAGAAAACACGAAGAAAAUCAUGACCGCGAAGGAUCUUGUAUAUCUGAUACAAAAUCCUACUGAGUUCAUUUUUCUCACCAAAAUAUAAUGGGAACGUUUUCAUGAAGACGAAUUGCAAGCAUAUACACAACGGCUGCCCAUCUGAGAACAUCAUGUCACAGAACUUUGCUUCCUAAAUCGUUCAGUAUUUAAUACUUCGACCUAUCAUUUGUUUGCUUUAUAGGUCUUUGGCUCGUGCUUCAAAUAAUAUCAACAACACAAGAGAAUGCGACUCUGAGUAAUGUGAACUACGUCACCUCAAAGCUGAUAUUAUUACCAACGGCAAGUGUUUUAAAGUCGUUGGAUAAACAGACAAUUCUUGUACACAAAUCUUGCAGCAUUGUGAUGGAAGAAAGCUAUACAAUCACCGCUACUUUACAAUCGAGCGAGAUUUCAAAAUCUGGUUCGUUUGUGAGUACGUUAACACCACAACGCACGCGAACACAAUCUGUGCGCAAUUUAUGCAAUGGCACACAAUCGAAAAGUGUGCGCAAUAUAUUCACAAACACGCAAACGCGCAGCAUUGAUUUACAAACUAUUUUUACUACGGGAAGUAUGCUAAUAGUGCGACCAAAUAGAACGUACGCUGGGAGCAGAAAGACAAAGACAUACGAACUUAAUCCUAGCACUGGCAGCACAGCUGGUCUGCAAAAUUCGACAAUAAAGGUCACAGGCAGCUCCGAAAUAGAACGGUACUCAACAGGAAACAGAUUUUCAAGUGCUAAUAUCUCACAAACAGUGCCUAGAAAAUCUUCCACGGUUCACAGGGUUUAUACAAGUGUUCUCCAAAGUUCUACAGAGUCGGAAAGCAGAAAUCUAGUUCCGUCCUCUAGUACAAUAGAAUCCAGAGUUGAAUUUACUGCAGCAGAAAGUUCAAGUGUUCUCCAAAGUUCUACAGAGUCGGAGAGCAGAAAUCUAGUUCCGUCCUCUAGUACAAUAGAAUCCAGAGUUGAAUUUACUUCAGCAGAAAGUUCAAGUGUUCUCCAAAGUUUUACAGAGUCGGAGAGCAGAAAUCUAGUUCCGUCCUCUAGUACAAUAGAAUCCAGAGUUGAAUUUACUGCAGCAGAAAGUUCUAGAAGUUACCACACGCUUGAAUCGAGUUCUAAUUACCGGUUCCUAUCGAUUCGAUCAACUACGCAAACAUCACAACUGUCGAGAAUAAUUAAUGUAUCGUUGUCACGACCUAGCAUUUCAGGAACAGAAAAAUUAAAAACACGAGUUUCUACAACGAGCUAUGCUGACAGGAACCAAAGCAGCCAUACUUCAAGCGCACAUCGAAGUUCAACAUUAGAGGGCCUCAAAACGUCUAAAACACUCCAUACAGUAUACGCCACGUCAACCUACAGGGGUUCUGAGAUUUCUCAGUUUAGCCGACACGGAAACAACUCUUAUCUAACUCACACCGUGUAUUUGUCGUCGACAACAACUGUGAAUAAAGAUAGCAGGAUAAAGCCAACAAACGUAAUGACAAUAUUUGCUAGCGUUUCACAAACGUCUGCAAAUAAGGAAAGUAUAAACACACAAAGACAAACGUCAAGUCAGAAAAUGAUUUUGGAAACUUUAAGUUCGAGUGAGGAUAGUUUAUCGACCAGUUAUAGUGUGGUAUCUGUUCUCAGUUCAUCAGUCUUGGAAACCAAAGGAUCGAGUUACCGCUCAAGCAUAAAUUCGAGUAGUAAGGUAAAAGUUAUUUAUAGAGCUAUUUUUAGAAUAAUUAACGCAAUUUAUUCCGAUACCAAAAAAGGAAUAAACGUCCGAGUUUUUAUAAUCUUUUCCAAACGUCCGAGUUUUUAUAAUCUUUUCCAGGUUCUUCAGAAACCAAUCACGACAGCUCUGAACUGGGUUCACCUCAGCCCCACCUUGAGAUAAAUGACACUGUAGGGCACAUUAAAGCUUAGUGGGUUAAUCGGUGCAAGGGCAGACAGUCUGGUUAACCCUGGUUAAUGUCCAUAAUCUACCACUCGAGUAAAAUUCCCUUAGCACUUAGCAUAAAAAUAUUGCCACCCAGUUAUGUUUCGGUGAUCGAAAUGUUCCAUUGUUUUUUCAUUGUUCUCCAAUCCGCAAUUAUGCCAAGCCUAUACUCCGUAUCAAUUUUCCAUCUCGCUAUCUACAGAUCUUUGCCAAAAAUAGAUCUAAGUAUUCCAAUCUUCAUGCUCAAAUUUCAUGAAAUUUCUGCGGUUGAAGUGAAAAGAAUUUCAUUCAAAUGUAGAGUAAAAAUAAAAUGUUCAAAACGCCGCCACCCGCGCCCGGAUUUUCCAAACAUCAUUAAUAAAUUUCCGGUGCGAAACAAUAGACGAGGCAUUUCAGCUGAUUAUCUGUUGUUUUUAAUGCGUUCGGCCCAUGAGAAGCGCGACGUUUGAAAUAGGCCUAAUUCUGAGCAUGAACAGUUCAAUUCUGGGGUCCACUUUUGGCAAAUAUGAAGAUGGAAAUCUAUAACGCGAACUCGGAUCGGAGAAUAAUUACGACGAUAUCCAAUAAUUUUUGCAGGUCCUAAACCACAACUCUCAAGAGAUAUCAUCAUCAGAACGUCCGCCAACCACCAUCACAACUCACUCCUCUGGUGGUCGUACAGGCAUGCCCCUCUACGUCUUAGCCAUUUGUCUCCCCCUAGCUGCCCUUCUGGGGUUCACCCUCGCCUGUGUAUAUUUCAAACGUAACAAGGAAGACCAGCGUGUUCGUUACUCUGUCACGGUCGAAGUAUCCGCCGAGAACCCGAACCACGAGAUGAAAAGAAUGUACAGCGUUAUUGAUAUGACAGCGGGGAUAACUAAAGACGUUUUGUCUGGAUUGGAAAGUAGAAAGACUAGCAAUGAAAUAUUGGAUCAAUCGGAUAGUGGGUCUCUUAGCAUUACACAACAGGAUCAGGAUCAAAAUGUUUAGCAAUGCCAGAUGCUGUUGGUUAUAGCAUCAAGUUAUGACCUAAGUAUAGUAAUACUUGCAAAAUAGCCGCCGCCAAUUUGAUCUGAAGAUUAUAAUUGGUCCCCCCUCAAGGUGACUUAUCGAGAUAUUGUCAUGUGUAAUAUUCAUAAAACUGGUUUAUCAACGUUAAACCCUAAAUUAAAUGAUAGUGGUAGAAGUAAUUUGUAAUAUAACUUGCACAUAGAAUUGUAAAUGGCGAUGUAUAAAACUCAGGGGCAGAUCUACUGUGGGGAUGCGCAACCCAACCUCCCUAACCCUAAUAGUAACCCACCCUAAAACAAAUCUGCUCGACCAUACAUUUUCUGCUUUACGAAUAGCGAUUAGCGGGACUUCUACUAUUAGCGUGUGACGAUUUUUCUUGAAAGGAUUCAAUUGAUUUGUGAGCCCACGAGAAAAUUCUCAGAAUGCUUUUGUUAAAUAUAAUGGUGAAAUGUGUAAACAUAUCGAGGUUGUUAUACAGCCAUAUUUUCAAAUACACCGCUGUACUUUAAUAGGCAAAUUUACUGUACUGUGCUACAGCCACUGUCCAGUCACGCAUACGUGAUAAAGAUAAUGUAAAACGUAACAGAAAGGCGAACAUGCAGAUUCGGCCAUCUCAAAUAAUGGUAAUGUUGGGGUAGUAGCGUUGCAGACUGCAGAGGAGAGUGGGCAGUAAGGCUCCCUCACGCACCACCCCAUGACCAGCACCCCUCCUUGCAGUUGAAGCUAGAUCUGCCCCUGACUAUUAAAACUAGUGGUAAAAAUAUUAAAUAGAAGACCUUAUUUGUUAUUCAACAAUAGGUUUUCUGGUCAGUAAAAUAGACUUGCGAAAACAGAUCUGUUAUUGAACAACACCUUUUGCAGAUGAACAAUGGGUAUUGUUCUGAAACAAUAGUUUUUGUUGCUUAACAAUAGAUUUGUGUAACUUAUAAGAACUUAUAAUUUAACUAUCAACUAUGCUUUUGUCUCUGAACAAUGGCUUUUGUUCUUGAAUUAAACAAUGGGUAUUGUUCUAAAACAAUAGUUGUUUUUUUUUAAUAUUGAUGUGCAUGUUCUGGUGUUUGUGUUAUGUCUGAAUACAGACUAUGUAUGUAUGUUGUAUAUUUGGCAAAAUCUAAUAAAUAAAUAAAUAAACUACUUUAAUAGUAAUAGUCAUAAAUAAAUAUACACUACCAAAAUUUUUUUUAAUUUUUUCUAGUUUUUAUUUACAACUCCCUUGGGCUUAAAACAUGCUUGAUUAUAUUAAUGGCUCCACUUGUGAGAUUUUUGUUUAAUACUUGUGCGACUCAGUACCACCACGGCCGAAACCUCCAGGGCCAAACAUGGCGGCAUAGCAUGGUUUGUUACAGUACGGCUUGCCUUCGUGCUAAAAUAUAAAU